AUGCCCGGACACGGUGGAAGAAACCCAAUCAGAUGGGCCAGGACCUCUGCGAAGAAGCUUGUGGUUGACUGUCACCCUGCCGCCUCUGGAAAGCGAGAGGCCGAGUUGACCGCCGUCUUCAACGACCUGGCCAAGCAGUACCAGAAGGGCACUCAUAGAGAUUCUGGUGCCUCUGCUGAACAGUUCCAUGAUCACUUCCUCAAGUCACUCCGUGACAUGUCCAAUAAUCUGCUGCCCACUGCUGGCCAAGUCGCCAACAACGCUGUCAUCGCUGUCAACACCGUCAACGUCGCCAAUGCCAACAGCACUGCCUUGGUCAAGACCAACGACACUGUCAACGCUGUCAACGCCAACAGCACCGCCUUAGUCCCUGCCAACAACAAUGUCAACGCUGUCAACCCUGUCAAUGCAAACAGCACCGCCUUAGUCCCUGCCAACAACAUCACCAUGGCCCCUGUUCCUGUCCCCGCCCCUUUCAACAGCACCGCCUUGGUUCCUGCCAACACCACCAACAUGAACCCCGUCGCCAUCAACAACGUGAACAAGCGCCCUUCCGACAACGGCCAAGACAGCGCCAACAAGCGCUCCAAGACCGAGACCGAGGUGGACGCCCCCGGAACCACGACCACCUUCAACAUCAACACCAACGGCCCUUCCACUACCCGCUUUCACACCGGCGUUUACAUGGCCGAGUUCAUGUUGGUCGGUUCGGGUUCCGUUCAGGUCCAUUCUACUGGUGUUCCCGCUUUCGUUCAGCCUCCUUUCGUUCAGCAGCCUGCCCCUGCCGCUCUUGCCGGUCGUGCUGCCGCUCGCGCUGCUGCUGCUGCUGCUGCUCCUCCUGGUGCCGGUAGUAACCAGGAUAAGCGCAAGAGCAAGGGCAAGGGCAAGGACGAGGGUGACGAUAGUCCUAGCCAACGUUGGCAUCAAGACGUGCCUAAGCUGAUGGUUGUAUUGGGAGGUAAUGAGGGAUUAUGGUACUGGCUGUGA